AUGUCUUUCUACGACAAUCGCUACUAUUAUCUCAACAAAAAGUUGCUGUCCAUUGUCGGACAAUGGCCAUUUCAAUCGCGAUUGGAGAGUAACGUGAUGCUCGCUAUUACGUUAUUGUUUAUUUGCAGUAUGACGGCUUUAGAGUUCUUGAGCCUGAUAACUAGAAUAACGAACCUGAGCAUCGUUAUGGAGAAUAUAUCGCCGUUGUUGAUCAACAUCUUAAUCAUUAUGAAACUAAUCAACUCUCUCUGUAAUAAGUAUAAAAUGAAGGAUCUUCUAGAGCGUAUCGAAGAAACCUGGGAAAGGACACAAAUCGGACCUGAAAAUGAAAUAUUACGAAGUUUCGCAAAGCAAAGCAGGACAUUAACGAUACAAUAUGCAUUUGCUAUUUAUUCUGUGUGGAUCUUUUACACCAUAAUACCGAUCGUUGUCCGUGAAAUACAUUCGCUCUUACCGACGAACAGAACUUACACGACCAAGUAUUUCUUUCGCUUGGAACACCUUGUCGAUGUGGACAAAUACUUCAAUCUCUUGAUGCUUUAUGGGAUUAUCAGUGUAUUCUAUAUAGUAUCGGUGCCGAUAGCUGUCGAUAGUAUGUUUGUUCUUUGCAUUCAACAUACCUGUGCAUUAUUUGAGAGUAUAAAGUACAAGAUACAGCGCAUAAGAGGCUCCGAUUUUGUGACACUCAAGCCAAAUAUAAUGGACGAUAAAGCAUAUGAUGUUAUAGUUGAUUGCAUAAAAUCGUACAAACGUGCCUUAAAGUUUUCAGAUCUACUCUCAUCCACUUAUGAAACAUCUUUUUUCUUUUUACUAGGAAAUACAGUCAUAGCUUUAAGCUUCAACGCGGCUGAGUUGAUAAUGAUAGACAUUCAGUUGGAUGAUAUUAGCAGAAUCAUUUCUGCUAAUAUAGCGCUAUUGUUACAUACAUUUUAUUUGAGUUUGAUGUCUCAACGACUGAUCGAUCGCAGUAGCGAACUCCAGGAAGCAAUUUAUAGCUGUGAGUGGCACAAAAUUUCAUUAAGAUCCAGACAACUGUUGAUUUUCACAUUAAUGCGAGUUAUUAAACCAUGUCAAAUAAAAGUUGGUAAAAUAUACAUAAUGUCAAUGGAGAAUUUCAGCUCGAUUUUACGAGUAUCCGCAUCUUAUUUCACUGUGUUAACAUCUAUGCAAUAAUAAUCAUAUAAAAUGAUAUAAUAAUCUGGAAACAUAGUAAAAAUAUUGACUGCAAGCUUAAUUAUUAUUCAAUAUAACGAAU